GUACAUUAAUUAUGUUGUAUAAUGUAUGGAAGCUUUCUAGUUUCUUUACUGAGUACUGACUACAACAGAAUUUGAAGGCCUUAAGGUUUAUACGUUAAUUACGGUAAAUACUAAAUCGGUAUCCACAUUAAUUUAAUAUGGACUCUAGCACUCAAGUUGAUGUAGAAAAUGAUGCAAAUCAUUGGAAUAACCUUCUAUUGGAUGUACAAAAUAAAAGUCGAAAAAAAUUGCCGGAAAACAAAAAUGUGUUGUUACUGGGUGAUAGUAAAUCGGGCAAAACAACAUUGGUGACAAAGUUGCAAGGUCUAAAAGAUUCAAAACAAGGAUGGGGCAUGGAGUAUGGGUACAUACAGGUACGCGAUGACAGCACUGAUGAAAAUGCACAAUUAAAUGUUUGGACAUUAGAUGGCGAUCGUUCUCUAAAAUAUUUGAUGAAGUUUGCAUUAAAUGAACAACAUUUUGAAGACACAACGAUUGUUUUAGUUGCGUCUUUAAAGCACCCAUGGAAAAUUAUGGAAUCUUUAGAAUUCUGGUCAGCAAGACUCCAAGAUCAUAUAGAUAGUUUAAAUUUAGGCAUGGAACAAACUCAAAACCUCAGAGAUAAAUGUGUUGAUAGAAUCAUUGAUUACACGCUGCUUGAUGAUCCGUCAUAUGAGUCCUGCACAAAGGUUCGACUUCUCAAUGAUGGAGUUCUAUCUAAAAAUCUUGGAUUGGAUAUAAUUGUUGUUAUAACUAUGACUGAUUGCAUCAAAAAUUUAGAAAUUGAUAACUAUUCAGAAGAACAUUUCGAUUACAUUCAAUGUUGUUUACGAAAAUUUUGUCUACAAUUUGGAGCCGCAUUGUUUUAUGUAUCUGUAAUGGAAGAUAAAAACUGUGAUCUUCUUUAUAAAUAUUUAAUGCAUAGAAUUUAUCGCUUUCCAUUUAAAACGCCUGCAUUAAUUGUGGAAAAGGAUUCUGUGUUUGUUCCUUCGGGGUGGGAUAGUUUGAAAAAAAUUGAAGUGCUCUAUGAAAAUAUGCAAAAAAUUAAUCCUGAAUCACAUUAUAGUGAUGCUAUACCAUAUCCUUAUGAAAAACCACAUAAAGAACAUGAACUCCAAGAUGAAGAGGAACAGGCAUUUUUAGCUCGACAACUUGUGCUGUUAAACCAAAAUUUAACUCAACCACAAACACCUGUUGUCAGGAAAUCCAUAGAACUUACAAAACCAUUAUCGGCAAAUAAACGCAUUUCAGAUAAUCCUCCUCCUAGUAGUGAAAGAGCGUUGGCUAGCUUUUUCAAUGCACUUUUGCAAAAGAAGCAAGAAUCUCCAACAGUUAGAACUCCCUCAAAAAAACCAGUUGAUAAUACAGGCUCUCCAGAAUUAAGUCAAAUUGAUGAUGAUCCUAGUACUCCAAAAUAAAAUUAUUUUUAGUAAUAUAUAUGCCAAAUAUUUUAAGUAUCUGUAACAUAAAUAAAGUAUAACAUAUUAAUACAAAAUUAAUUACUUAUUUCCCAUUGUUUGUGUCAUAUAAUUAUAAUUAUGAUCUUUUAUUAGUUGUAUUUUAAUAAACAAUGAUUAGUUAAAUAAUAUUAUGUUAUAAUUUUAAAUAUAAAAUAUAAAUAUAGGCAGAUUAUAUCAGUAUUCAACUUCAUGUUACUUUCAACUUACCAUGUAUAAAUUAAUAUAUUAUAAUUAAAAAUACUAAUAUCACAAUUUUUAAUAGCGAAAAAAAUAUUAUUUGAAACUACUUUAUUCAUGGGAUAUAAAUAUGUUUUAAUUUAUUUAAAAGUAUCCCAUUCUUUCCCAACAUAUUUACAACAACUUUAUAUUCUUGUAUUUUGAUAAAUAUUAUUAUUUUAACAUAGAUAUGUUUUUGGACUGGAUACAACAAUUUUUUUUCUGAC